AUCCACGCCUAAUUUGCAGUGCAAAAUGAAGCGCCUGACUGAGCGAGUGCACCACGAGGAGCAGGAGUCCGAGGAGGUGGUCUGGGUCAAGCGGGAGGAUGCACGCUCCGCCGGCAAGCUGCCCAUCGUGUUCUCGAGGAACUAUGCGGUGCGCUUUGGUGGCCUUGAACGCGUACAUCCCUUCGAUGCGGCCAAGGGCAAGCACAUUCACAAGCUCCUGUGCGCCCAGCUGCAUCUCGACGACGGCAGCUUCUACGAGCCCACGGAGCUGACCAAGGACCAGCUGCGUCGUAUUCACACAAGGGAUUACCUAAAGUCACUGCGCUGGAGCAUGAAUGUGGCCUGCAUCGCUGAAGUGCCGCUGAUGGCCUUCGUCCCGAAUCGCUACAUUCAGCGUUCCUAUUUGCGUCCCAUGCGCUUCCAAGCGGCCGGUUCCAUCUUGGCCGGUAAGCUGGCGUUGGAUUAUGGUUGGGCCAUCAACCUGGGCGGUGGGUUCCAUCACUGUUGCUCGUACAGAGGCGGUGGUUUCUGUCCGUAUGCUGACAUCUCGCUGCUCAUCGUCAGGCUGUUCGAGCAGGAACCAUUCCGGGUGCGCCGCAUAAUGAUUGUGGACCUGGAUGCCCAUCAGGGCAAUGGGCACGAGCGGGACUUCAACAACGUUGCAGCCGUCUACAUUUUGGACAUGUACAAUGCCUUUGUCUAUCCGCGGGAUCAUGUGGCCAAGGAGAGCAUCCGGUGUGCAGUGGAGCUGCGCAACUACACGGAGGAUGGAUUCUACCUGCGGCAACUUAAACGCUGCCUGAUGCAGUCCCUGGCCGAGUUCCGUCCAGAUAUGGUCGUCUACAAUGCGGGAACGGAUGUGCUCGAGGGCGAUCCAUUGGGCAACCUGGCUAUUUCCGCGGAUGGCGUCAUUGAGCGGGAUCGGUUGGUGUUUAGUACAUUUCGCGCAUUAGGAAUUCCGGUGGUGAUGCUGCUGAGUGGUGGCUACUUGAAGGCAUCCGCAGGGGUAAUUACGGAUUCCAUUGUUAAUCUUCGGCUGCAGGGAUUGCUAAACUAAAGAAUUCAAAAAUACUUAAUACGAUAAUACCAAGGUAGUACCACAGAAGAUAGUCAAAACUUUGGAUUCUGUAAAUUCUUACCAUUCCCAAAAAUAUUUCCGCGAUUUUAAGAGUAUUGAAAAUAUCUUUUACACUAGUACAAAUGGACUUCUUUGGUAGAGAGUUGAGAUUAAACUACAUCAAUCGUUGGAAUCUGAGAGCUGUGAAUGAUUGCCUAGAAAAUUACCUAACUAGAUAACAAGACAUCACUUUACACCUUAUCAAAAUUUAUUAAACAUAUAUAAUUUAAAGUCGUUAUAAUAAUUAUUUGUCUUCUAUGAAGUAAUGAUUUCAGAUCAUUAGGUUCAGUAUCGCAAUAGAUGCAGAAGGUAUAAAUAUUUCCAGUGAUUUAUGAGUUAUAGCAGUUUCUUGUCAAUAUUUGUACAGACAUCUCUU